UUCAACGAAAAUAAUCUUUCUACAUUAUGUCUAUAUAAACACAUGUACUCCCACAUAUUCUUUCAAUGAAAAUAAUCUUUCUACAUGGUAUCAGAGCCUAAAAACACAAAACCCUAAUCUCGGCCUAGUCACGCCGCCGCCCUCCUCCUUGCGCCGCCUCCUCCUGCGGCUGCCAAACCAGCGGCGAACUCGGACUCCCACACAACCGGCAACCUCCUUCUCCUCUUUCUCUCACCAUGGCCGAAGUAAGCGAGGUCACCUCUCAAAAUCUCUCCUCUAAACCCCCACAUCUUGCUUUCACAACUGUCUCCAACGUGAAACUUCACGUUCUUGUUCAACUCAGCCUCUCUCAAUCUAAUUACAAGAAGUGGAGUCGUCUGUUCCUCCUCUUAGUCAGGCGAUUCAAUCUUCAGGGCUACAUCGACGGUUCCGUUGUCCCCCUCUCCGAUGACGACGACAAAUGGUUCCAACUCGACGCUCUCCUCCAGGGUUGGAUUCUCUCUACCAUCACCGAUGAGGUCUCAGAUUUGGUAAUCUCCUCUAUUUCUACUGCCUCUGCUCUCUGGAAAGUCGUUCACAACUUGUUCCACGACAACAAACAUGCCAGGGCCAUGCAGCUGGAGCAUGAAUUCCGCACAACCGUCAAAGGCAACUCCACCAUGGCGGCUUAUUGCCAACAAUUGCAGAAUCUGGCCGACUGGCUGGACGAUGUUGAUGCACCAAUCUCCCAGCACCAACUUGUUCUCCAGAUGCUUCGUGGUCUCCUUGCAGAUCUUUAGGCACAAACAUCUUUCAUGCAAUUCCAGGAUCCCAUGCCUACUUUUCUGCAGGUCCGUUCUGCUGUCAUGCUUUUGGAUCGCCAACGGACGAGUCCCACCGACUCAGGCACCAUGGCUCUUCUCACGAACCGUGUUGGCGGCACGGGCUAUGGUGACGGUAACUCCGGUCAACGUGGAGGCUACGGACGAGGCCAAGGCCGUGGCGGUGGAAAUCGG